CCACAGUGUAAAAUGUAAACAGAAAGAGUGAGAUGUGAAAUACAUCGCAGGCGAAGUCUUGUUAAACAUGUGGAUCAACAAGGAAAAAGAUAUGAAGCGAAUUUGUAAUUGAGUUGCAGAACUGACAGGUGAUAUUCAUGCUCCAGUAGGGAAGCUCCAUCGGUGCAUUCAGUCAUGUCAUGGAAAGGGGCGACCCCUAGCACACAGUUUGGGGCUAGCAGUAACACAACUGGGACAGGCAGUAAUGUCCCAGAUUACCAGAAAAUGCUCCAGCAUCAUAUAUUCUCAUCAGGCUGGGGCACGAGUGCAAGUAAGGCAACAUCUGAUCGCUACAAUCGUCAUACAUCUUAUCCUGCAGUGUCCCCUCCAGGGACUAUCAGUCCCCCUCUAGCCACACGGAAUAGACACACAGACAGUCUAGGAACCACAAACUAUAGUGAUCCCAAGAUAUAUAAUAGUUACAAGCCAUCAAAAUAUGGCCUAUCUUCGGACACUCAGUAUGAUGUCUCCUACGUCAACAAAGAAUUUGGGGAACUCAAUGUGGAAAAUACUGUGAAUGUUAUAACUGAUGAUACUUUCGAUAAAACUGCUCCGUAUGCAUCGAAAAAGUAUGAAUAUAAGGGUUAUGAUUCAUCAGACCCAUACAAGAAAAGGAGUAAAACAAACAGUUAUGUGUCAUCUCGGCCAAGGACUACCGAUUUUGACUUGGAGAGACCAAAUAUUGCAGCAGACGACUCCGAUUGGUCCUCUCCAAAUAAGCGAACGUCAUUGGAUGAUGUACCACAAAAUUUGUUUAUGACCCCAGCUCGUAGUCGGUCAUCAGUUACUGAGGCAGUUGACUAUGGUCGGACAGAAAGACAAGCCAGAAAAACUGUAACCACAGGAAAAUCUACAUUAGAUGAUCUGUACAGUGACAAACAAUACUUAGAAAAUGGAGAUGCCCAUGUGGCAGAGCGACCUCCCCGCACACGGGGGAGAGACUCUACAGGGCGACGCCCAGUAUCUAUGGGGGCAGUGUCAAGUGACUUAACUAACUGGCAAAAACACCACCAAGACCAAAUGGUGCAUCAACAAAUAGAGAAAGAGGGUGGAUUUGGGAAAACUGGCGGUCAAGUCUUCGACCGCUUGUUUAAUCAAGUCACUAAUGGGGAUGACAACCCAGAUAAGUGGAACUCGGUCAAGCAUGCAGCCGAUGCUGUCAUAUCAGAUAAGGAUAUGUACAUUAACAAACUGAAAAUGCAGAACAUGCAGCUGGAAGAGGAUAACAAACAGUAUGAGGCGAAACUUCGACGAGCAUUAAUGAGUGAAUCUGACCAGGGCAAUGAAGCUUAUUCACAGAUUAAGGAACUGGAGAUGAAGAAUGUUACAUUAAAAUCUGAAUUGUCUGAGUUGAGGUCGAGAAACAAGGUUGAGCUUGAGGAAUUGGAAAUCAAACUGGGAGCUGCUGAACAUGAAGUGAUGCAAUUGAGAACAGCACUCAGAAAACGAGCACCAGAAUUCCAAGAUGAUAUGCACUCAAAGAUUGACCAAUUGGAAGACGAGAAAGAAGAAUGGAAGAUGAAGUUCUUGGAGGUGAAAGAUGCUCAUCACGGCCUGAAACAGAAACAAGAGGAAUUACAACGCUAUCUCACUAGUCUGCCAACACUAGAGGAGGCCUCCAGACAAGAUGAAGAGAUUAGAGCCUAUAGUGAAGAAACCAAGCUGCAGAAGGAGCGGAUCGAGGAACUAGAACAAGAACUGUUUGACACACGCAAAGUUCUCUCUUCUCGCGACCUCCACAUAGAGGAAGUGGAGAACAAAGGGACACAACUAGGGGAGAAACUGUCCAUCCUCACUGAACAGAUAGAUCACUUCAAGUCUGUUGGCCAGGGAGCAGCACUUAGACAAAAGGAAGAAGAGCUGCAGAAAUUACAGGAGGAGAAUGAUAGGCUUUCUAUGGACCUGGAAAAGGCAAAGAAGUUACUGGAGACAUGUCAUCGUAAGAUCCGUCACCAGGAUGUGAAGCACCAGAACAGUGUAAGACAGAUGGAGGAGAGGCUAAGUCAGGAGGAGGAGAUGGUCAACGCUCUGAGGGAGGAUGGACGCCUUAGAGAAGAGCAAGGCAGCAAGAUAAAGAACACACUUAAACAGCUGCAGACCCAAAACCAAGAAUUACUGGAUCAGAACCUGACAAUGAGAGAGCAUAUUAAGCACCUAGAACAACAGCAUAGUGAGGACAACCAACGCCUACAGAGACAGUUCACCACUGAGCUUGGCAUCUGCUUUUCCGAGCUCCAGGCACUUGUUCAAAUCUGUGUGCAGCGUGCUGAGGGUCAGGACCCUAAUAUGUCUGACCUACUAGGGGUCAGAGCCGAUGUAGAGACAGCAGCAAAUGGGGGACCACAAGUCGAGGCCCAGACCAUGAAACAGUGGCUGUCAAAGACACAGGAACUCCGCACAGAAAUAGAACAGCUGAGGGUGAUGAUCUGCAAUAAAUAUGCUGAGGACAUUGGGGAUAACCUUAACUGUACAACACAGUAACCACCUCAGAUGAAUGAUAAACCACCACGGCAGAUAUAUAAACCAUUACUUCAAAUAUGACACAAUGAUAAAAGGACCCAUCGUCUCCUGUCUUCCUGUUACUGGUUACUGUACUAUCAUGUUACACACUGACUCGUGUUCAGUGUGUCUGUCAGUCGUCCAGAUAUCGUAGUUAAAGGUUAAAUCUGGAAUAUGAUAAAGUAGAAUCUGAACUUAAUACAAAGUCUUAACUAUAUGUAGGUCACGGAGAAAUAUUUUCAAAUCUAUUAUUAAAUUUUUGUUGUGCAGACAAAAUAUCACUGUAUAGUGAAUUGAAUCUCUAGUCAUGGAUUAAUAUUAUCCAGUAAAGAAUUUUAUGUAGUUUAGAAUUAGAAUUUAGACAUUUCAUAUACACUGAAAAGUGCAGGGAUUAGACUAGCAUUUUAAUCCACCUACCAUUAUUUGUGAAAAUGAAAAUGUCACCUAAAAAGUUUCAUAGGGGAAGUUACAUAUUAUUGGUCAUGCUAUCAAUUACAUUACAAACUGUCUUGAAGUUAGAUUUGCAUAACAUAGAUAUACUCCUUUACUUCAUUUGGAGAUGGUCUAGAUUGAAAUAGAUGUGUUUUACUGUUUGUUAACUAAGCUGAAGUCCCUCAAUUUCAUCUGUUUGUAAACUUAUUUGAUUAACUCCAUUUUAGUGACAUUGAAAAAGAUUGAUAUAAUAAAACUAAUGUUUCAGUUAUAAGGUUCAACCUGAAGGAAAUUUUGCUUAAACAAAGUACAAUACACAUUUAUAUGGAAAUAUUUGUUUUUUGUAAAAGAAUUAUUAACUAAUCGAGUGCUGAAACAUAGAUUAAAUGAUUAAAUUUCAAAUUAUAAAAUGUAUAUAGAAGUGAGAAUUGUUAAGUUACACAUAUCAGGAGUGAAAGCCAUGUAGUUAUGUCUGGAUAGAUGAUACAGGUAAAUACCUUGUCACCAUCAUUUCAUGUUCAUACCAGUUUGAAUCUAGAGAUGUAUAACCAGCAUGUUCAUAUCUAUAGAACCAUUGUAGAGUAAAAUUUUAUCUAACAUAUUAACGUAACGGGGAAUUUGAGUGAUUGUUCAUAUAUAUAGCUUUAUAUAGCUGAUAAGAAAACAGAGGCAGCUUGUAUGGAGUUUUCUCUCUGCUGAAAUCAUUACCAUAAAAAUAAUUAUAUAUCUCACUUUUUGGGGGUUGUGGGUGGAGAGAUGCUCCAUUGAUUAUGCUCAGUGUAAGGGAGAUAACCCCAUACUUUAUUUACCUACAAUCGCACAGCAGUUGUAAAAAUUGAAGUCACCAGUACUUGUACUCAACAUUAUUUUGAUUCCAUAUAUCAUUUUCCUUUUCCUUCAUUAUCAUUGAAGACAAUGUUUUCUUCAUUUCAUAUUUAAAGAAAACCGAAAAUGCCACCAAUGUAUAUUUAACCAGGAAAUUAAGUAUUCACAGAAAAUAUACAAAGAGAAAUCCAUGUAUAGGAUAGAAGUCAACAAACUUAGUAUUACCAUGUUAUCCAGACAAAAUAUUAAGCCAAGAUGAUAUUCUUUAAUGUAAAUACUUUUAAAAAUGUUUGUUGUUUUUGUGUGCAAUUAAGGAAAAAAACAAACAAACAAAAAGAACACAAAAAUAUUUUGUACAUAAUAUACCUUUGUUGAU